UAAGAGUCGUAUUCUAAACAGCAAAAGAUUCAAUAUUUUUUUUUGUGAAAGUGAAAGAUUCUAUCAGUGACCUUCACAUUAUCCAAUAUCCAUCUAGAUGAAGGAAUACAACGAUAUUUGUUGUUUUCCAUUUUAUUAUUAUUUGGAGUUUUGAAGGAUGAAUUCCUUAAAUUUAGUACCAACAUUGAUCGUCUCUCCUCAUUCGGACCCUAAUCCCAAACUCGUUUCCUUCUUCAAAGACAAGCCUUACACUCUGAUAUGCUCUUCUCGCCACCUUUCGAAUAAGCUCAGAGUUUCAGCCCUCAAAAGGGACCCUCCCGAGUCACAACAACAGACUCGUAGCGUUGCAGAUGACGAAGGAACUGAGAAACUCUCACUGCCUCAAAACGCUGCAAAUUCUGAUUCCGGAUGGUUGCCUGCUUUUCCCCACGUUCUUGUUGCUUCAAUGUCCAAUUUUAUAUUUGGGUAUCACAUUGGAGUCAUGAAUGGCCCUAUUGUUUCCAUCGCUCGGGAGCUUGGUUUUGAGGGAAACUCCUUCAUUGAGGGACUCGUGGUUAGUAUAUUUAUUGCUGGUGCAUUUAUUGGGAGCAUAAGCUCUGGUUCAUUGGUAGAUAGAUUUGGUUGCCGGCUCACAUUUCAGAUUGACAGCAUACCCUUAAUCCUUGGGGCAAUAAUAAGUGCACAAGCCCACACCUUGAAUGAGGUAAUUGGGGGAAGGUUUCUUGUUGGUCUUGGUAUAGGUGUGAAUACCGUUCUUGUUCCAAUAUAUAUAUCUGAGGUAGCCCCAACAAAAUAUAGGGGUGCCCUAGGGUCUUUAUGUCAAAUUGGCACUUGUCUUGGCAUUAUUACUUCACUAUUUCUUGGAAUACCUUCUGAGACUGAUCCACAUUGGUGGAGGACAAUGCUGUAUAUUGCUAGUAUCCCGGGUAUUCUUGUUGCACUUGGUAUACAGUUUGCUGUUGAUAGUCCACGCUGGCUUUGCAAGGCUGGGAGAAUAAAUGAUGCUAAAUCAGUAGUACGCGAGCUUUGGGGAGCAUCUGAAGUUGAUACUGCAAUUGAGGAAUUUCAGUCCGUCACCAAGAAUGAUGGUAGUGAUUUGGACAGCCGAUGGUCAGACAUCUUGGAGGAGCCACAUUCUAGAGUUACCUUUAUUGGAGGUACUCUUUUUGUACUUCAGCAAUUUGCAGGCAUAAAUGGAGUUCUUUAUUUUUCAUCAUUGACCUUUCAAGAAGUUGGAGUUGAAAGCAGUGCUUUAGCAAGCUUGUUUGUUGGGCUUACUAACUUCGCAGGUGCACUUUGUGCUUUAUACCUGAUUGAUAGGGAAGGGAGACAGAAACUUCUAAUAGGAAGCUAUGUAGGAAUGGCAAUUUCAAUGUUUCUCGUGGCCUCUGCUGUCAUCUUACCAUUGGACGAGCAAUUCAGCAACAACUUAUCAAUACUAGGAACUAUCAUGUAUAUAUUCUGUUUUGCAAUUGGAGCUGGCCCUGUGACUGGUAUCAUUAUACCAGAGCUUAGCAGCAGCAGGACACGAGGGAAGAUCAUGGGGUUCAGUUUUUCUACCCAUUGGGUCUGCAAUUUUGUGGUGGGAUUAUUCUUCCUUGAGUUGGUGGAGAAAUUUGGUGUUGCACCUGUGUAUGCUAGCUUUGGAGCAGUUUCCCUGUUAGCCGCAGCAUUUGCCUAUUACUUCAUAGUAGAAACCAAGGGUCGCUCUCUGGAAGAAAUUGAACGAUCCUUGAACCUGAAAGCUUGAACCAAUGAUGAAUCUUAUUUUGGGGUUAAGCAUCAACAUGAGCUUAACUGAUAAGAAAAACAGGAUGUCCGGAGACUGUUUUCAUAAUGUAAGAUGGCUCUAAACAGCAUGAAUUUGCGUCUCAGCAACCUUGGUUGCUUCUACUUCUAAUCAAUGUAUAAUUAAAUUUUAAUAUUUAUUCCGAUUCUCUUCGAUCGUUUUGCCUGAUGCA